UGUUUGGGAUUCCUGGGACGUUAAAAGGUGAUUAUCGGUAUCUUAGAGCAUGCAACUUAAUGCGAACAUUUUCUGAAGAGUGUGGGGCAGAAAAUCCACAAUCACUUCGAGGGACCACAUUACGGAAACACAUAGCGACAAUGUCCACGAACUUCAAUUUGCAAGAUGAACAAGUCUCCGAUCUUGCGAAUUUCAUGGGUCAUGCAGACAAAAUUCAUCGAUCUCAUUAUAAGCAGCCUCUACUUAGUAGAGAGAUACUCCACGUCUCGAAGGUCUUAGAGGCUGUUCAAGGCAGAAACAACUACGAAUCUGACGAAAAUGAAGGAGAUAUCGAAGAAACUUCGGAAACCCAAGAAUCAGAACAAGACCCUAUUGUUAUCUACCAGUCCAACUCAUUCGAAGGCAACGUAUGUAACAAUAUUUCAUCCACAUCAAUGAAAGGCAAUGAAAGCAAUUCAAAAAAUCCGCGAAAACGUUCAACAUCGCCGUUUGGGAAAUGCACCCGUGUACGGUGGACUGCAUCAGAGAAGGAAGUAAUUAUGACAGCUUUUAAAGAACAUUUCUCCAAUAAGACAUUACCAUCGCUGGCAGAAAUUCAAAAACUAAAACUAGCACAUCCAGGCGUUUUGAAUCGAAAUUCUGCCACCAUAAAAACUUGGAUGCAUAAUCAGCAUAGAAGUGCAAACAAGAAAUAA